AUAUUUAAUUCUUCCUUCGGUCACGUAGAUUUAAUCGAAUAACAUGGCACUCUCAGUUCAAGAAAUCGAACAAGCAAAGCAGAGCUUCCCCGUGUUGAAGCAUGAUAACUUCUUGUCGAACCAUUUGACUUUACCAGUAUAUGCAGCGCUCUACAAGAAGAAAACCAGUAACGGUGUAACCUUGGACUCGUGCAUUCAAACCGGAGUCGAUACACCAGGACUGCAGUUCGGUAUGGUUGUUGGCGAUGAAGAAUGUUACACUCUCUUUAAGGAUAUAUUUUAUCCAAUUAUCAAGGACUAUCAUGGUAACUUCGACCCUGCUACCGAGUCGCACGCUGAUCAUGUCCGAGAGUCGGUUGGGGUUGUGGACGUCAAGCCAUUGGACACAAAAUACGUGAAAUCGGUCCGUGUCCGAGCCGGUCGCUCAAUCAGCGGAUUUCCUUUCCCACCAAGCUGCACACGCGCCCAAAGGAGAGAAGUGGAAAGUAUUAUAGUGGGAACCUUGAAGAAUCUUGAUCAAGAUUUGGCAGGCUCUUAUCACUCAAUGGAGUCAAUGGAGCCUUCAGAAAUAAACAGGUUGACACAGGAGCACAUUCUCUUCUCCAAUCUUUCCGACUUUUCUUUUAGAAACGAUGGUUUGGCAAGAGAUUGGCCCGACGCAAGAGGAAUCAUGAUGAACAAAGAACAAGACUUCUUCGUCUGGGUAAACGAGGGAGAUCAUAUGAGGAUCAUAUCCAUGCAGUCUGGUGGGGAUCUUAAAACUUGCUUUGAAACCUGGAAGCAAGGUGAAAAACAACUUGAAACCGCAAUGUUGAAUGCUGGUUAUAAAUUUGCAUGGAACAAGAAACUUGGAUUUCUUUGUGCUCGUGCUAGCAACAUCGGCACUUCAAUGAGAUGCAGUGUCCAUGUAAGACUUCCUAAUUUGUCAGCACAUCCACAAUUCGAAGAAAUAUUGAAGAAAUUGGGUGUUGCCAAACGUGGAAACCAUGGCGAAUACCGAUCCUCAACUGAACCGGAACUUUUUGACAUCUCAAAUAUAAAGAAACUUGGAAUCUCGGAAGUUGAAAUUGUGCAACAAGUCCACGAAAGCGUCACCAAACUUAUUGAGAUGGAGCAACAGCUAGAAGAAGGCAAACCAUUGCAGUUUUAAGCUGAUGCUGACAUCACCACUUUGCCUUGAAGAAAAAAAAUGAACUAUAUAACCCAGAACAUUGACAGAAAAAAGUAGCAUAUAUAUACAUGUGUGCAUCUAAAAAAAUUGAAAACAAUGCAUUUGUAUAUAUACGGAAUAAAAUCGUUAUUG